UUGGGAAGAGGGACUAAGCAAAGAAAGAGAUUUACUCGAAUGAGCUGAAUAAGCAAGCCGAGAAUGUUAGCUGCAUUGUAAAUUUUUUUCUAUAACAAAACAAAUUUUAAAUAUCAGUCAAAUUUAACCUAAUUUAAAUCGUUCCACGUCAAAGCUGAAAUUUCGCAAGUGACGGUUAUGAGGGGCGCUGUAAACAGUUGAGGAGUGUUUGGGCAUUUUGGAACUUUGGAGCAAAAUCACGUGACAGUAGCAAACCUCCAAUUUAUCGUAGCAAGCAAUUCACGUCUCUCUCUGUCAGAGUGUCCGAGUCGUAUUCGCUACUGUAACAACAAACACAAACGGACAAAUGAUCACGGAGAUGCUUUCCAUUUCAACCAUCGGCAAAGCUCCUCCUCCUCGGACCAACUUCUCUCCGUCUAAUGGCAAACCUCCUCGAGCUUCCUGCUUCAUUUGUUGCGUUAGGAAGAAUGCAGAGAGUAAUGGCUCAUCUGGUGGACUUUUGCAGUUGCAGUUGGGAAACCAGAGUAGUGAUGAGAAUGUUCCUCAAAUGAGAAGUGGCGUUAGGAAACUUUUCAGAGAAGCUCAACAGAAUAUCUUGUACUUGAACAAACAACGCAUCUUGGCAAUGGAAGAGCUUGAUAGAGUAAAAAGAGAGAGACGUUCAUUGCUCGAUAGAAUCGAGCAACUAGAGAGGAUAAAGCUGAUGUAUACAAGAAAAGGUUGUGAUAAGUUCUCAAUCAGCGCUGAGUUACUACUAAGGAUAGACUCUAUGGUUCUUACCAGUUUGAUUGGCAGCAAGGAGGCAUCAGAGUUUAGAAGGCUGGUCAUGGAUUCGAUAGGUAGUAUAGCUGAUUAUUUCUCACAGAUAAUGCAUAAACAGGACACUGAGCUUCUGGUAGAGCUGCGUCACUUCCCCAGGAAAAGUAGAAAGUCGGGAAACCACAUAAUCCACAUUUGUACUGAAAUGGCACCAGUGGCAUCAGUUGGAUCCUUGGCACCAUAUGUAACCGGAUUAUCUCGUGCCUUGCAAAGAAAGGGAAAUCUGGUUGAGGUUAUCUUACCCAAGUAUGCUAGCCUAAAUUUAAAUGAAGUUCAUGGAUUACGAGAAGUUGAAGCGGAGUUCCAUUCAUACUUUAAUGGUCAACUGCAUGGAAACAGACUCUGGACUGGGGUUGUCUGUGGCAUUGGAGUGACUUUCAUAGAACCUCUCUACUAUUCAGCAUUUUUCGGCUGUGAGAACAUAUAUGGCUACUCAAAUGAUUUUGAACGAUUCACCUACUUCUCUCGUGCUUCAUUGGAUUAUAUAGUUAAAGCAGGAAAGCAGCCAGAUGUGCUUCAUAUACACAACUGGGAAACAUCUAUUGUUGGUCCACUGUUUUGGGAUGUUUUUGUAAAGCAGGGACUUGGAGGUACCAGAAUAAUGUUGACAUGUCAAAGCUUUGAGUCUCAGUGUGUAGAGCAACCUGAAAAGUUGGCCCUAUGUGGGCUUGAUCCUUAUGGACUACAUUGUUCUGACCGUCUGCAAGAUAACAACAACUCCCAUCUUGUCAAUGUUUUGAAGGCUGGAGUUGUAUACUCCAACAAUGUUAUCAUAAUGUCAUCCAUGCAAACAAAAGGGCAGAUAAUUCAUGCUAGGAGUCAUGGUCUUGAGCCCACCUUAACCAUACACAAGUAUGUGCUCUUCAACAUUUUACAAUUAGGCUCAGUAUGGAUUCUGAUUCUUUGGCAAGUUCUAUUCUUUGCUAAAGGCUCCAGAGAUGCUUUUGCUUGCUGCAACAGAUUAGUAGUCUCUCAGGAUUGUUUCUCCUCUGGUGUUUAUGGAGCUGCUUUUCAUUUGUUAAUACAACUUGAUUGUAGGGACAAGUUAGUAGUUGCUCCUCAAGGAUUCAACAGUUCAGCUUGGGAUCCCUCAGUAGAUAAGUUUCUUCCACAAAACUAUAGUGCAGAUAAUAUGAAGGGGAAAUCUGUCUGCAAAGUCUCGUUGCAGCAGCAUUUGGGGUUGCAGGAGAAAGCAUCCAUUGUUCUUGUAGGAUGCAUCUUCUCAGACAUCUCUAAUAUUGAACUGGAGAACCUCAAGACACUUCUUUGGAUGGCUUCUAGGAGAGGUGUUCAGUUUGUCUUCAUGAGCUCGGCUCAAACUCCUGGUUUGAAUUCGGCAUUGGAAUAUUUUGAGGAGGAAUUCAAGGAUGAAAACAUGAGAUUCCUUAACAAAUAUGAUGAAUCUUUAGCACAUUUAGUACUUGCGGGAUCUGACAUCAUGCUAUGCCCUUCUUUUGAUGAUACAGUACUCCAAAUACCACUCAAGGCCAUGAGAUAUGGAGCUAUGCCUAUUCUACUGGAUUUUACCGACAGUAAAUACGGGCACUUUGUGGAUGGUGAUGUUGAGGGCACCGAAUUCUCUCGUUAUAUCAAAGAUACCUUCUCCAAUAUGCCCCUGAACCAAGCAAUUGAUGAACUUAAGAACAACCCAUCAAAAUGGGACAAGAAGAUCCUCGAUGCCAUGAUAAAGGACUUUUCGUGGGAUGCAGAGUGCUGCGACAUUCAUAUCUCUGCAUAUACAGCGAUAAAAAACUUGCCCAACAUUGAAAGCUACAUAUAGCAGUGUCGUCAACGUUGAAAUUAUUAUACCCUAACUAACCAUCCACCAAAAGGUUAUGUCCUUUUCUCCAUUUUAAACAUCUAAGAUAAGAGCAGUCAGUCUCAUGCACCAUCAAAUUCACUUCUUGGUUCGAGUUUGUUAGAUUUGUCGAGACGCUCUAACUUCACUAUGUUUUAAUUUGUUUGUCAUAAUUUAAUUUGGAAGGAAAGAAAUAUUUUUUAAAAAAAUCAUGUAGAUCUAAAACAUAUCAUAACAUUUUUGUGGCAUAUCAAUAUUUCAGUGACAUUUGCAUGACUAAAAGAAAGCUUUGUAAGAGGAAAUUUAUUUCCAAAAUAGAGAGAUAUGCCAUUUUCUUGGCUUGAACUAAUAAGAAAAUUGUGUUAGAUAAAUUGAAACACAAAAAGUUAUAAUGUGACAGGUUUAUGAUUUAAA